UUGGCUCACCACGCGGUUUGUGGAAUCUUCGAGGCUCGCUCGAGCUGAGGCUGGGCAGCUGGGGCGCGGUACGGGAGCCCGAGCGUGCCCGCUGCGGCGUCUAGUUUGGAGGACGGCGCGUCGUCUGCGAGUUCAUUGCGAGUGAGCAGCAACCGGGAGGCCAGAACAGGGGCGCGGCCGCGGCGGUGCGCAUAUGCUCGGGGCGAGUUCAUCCGGUGGCCCGAGAGGCGCGGGGAAGAUGCUCCAGGUCCUGGUGCUGAAGAUUGAAGAUCCAGGUUGCUUCUGGGUUGUUAUAAAAGGGUGCAGUCCCUUUUUAGAUCAUGAAGUUGACUAUCAAAAACUCAAUAGUGCCAUGAAUGACUUCUAUAACAGUAUAUGUCAAGAUAUAGAAAUAAAACCAUUAAUGUUGGAAGAAGGACAGGUUUGUGUGGUUUAUUGUCAGGAACUAAAGUGCUGGUGCCGGGCUGUUAUUAAGUCGAUUGUGUCUUCAGCAGACCAUUACCUGGCAGGGUGUUUCCUUGUGGAUUUUGCCAGAUACAUUCCAGUGAAAUCCAAAAACAUCCGAGUUGCAGUAGCAGCUUUCAUGCAGCUUCCCUACAGAGCAAAAAAAUUCAGACUGUACUGCACAAAACCUGCCACGUUGCACAUUGACUUCUGUGAAGACAGCUCUGAGAUUGCACCCGCCAAGAAGUGGGACAGUGCAGCUGUCCAGUACUUUCAGAACCUUCUGAAAGCAGCUACCCAGGUGGAAGCCAAAUUGUGUGCUGUGGAAGAAGAUACUUUUGAGGUUUACCUCUAUGUAACUAUAAAAAAUGAAAAGGUUUGUGUUAAUGAUGAUCUGGUUGCAAAGAACUUCGCAUAUUACAUAUCACCUAUGGAAAAUAAAAACCUUGACGCUCUAGAGAAACCAAGAUUGAAUAUGAAGUCAGCAUCCUUUUCCAAUAAACUCAAUCCAGCACUUACUCUCUGGCCAAUGUUUUUGCAAAGAAAAGAUUCUCAAGGGAUGGAAAAUUCACAUGAUUUAACUUUGCUGGCGAAGUCUCUCCAGCAUCCGUGGCCCAACGGUGUUGGUGACCUCAGGCCAACUGCUGGUCUCCUGGGUAAAACUAUAAAAUGUAAUGCGGAUUCACUGAGUUCACCUAAAAAAACACCUGAAAAGAACCAGCAGUGCAUCUCUUUAAAAGAUGUAAAUAAGUAUGUGAAAUCUUCAGUGUACUGGCCGUCAAAAAGAGGCAUAACCAUAUAUGCUGAUCCAGAUACACCAGCAGCAAGUGCUUCCUAUCAGAAGCCACCUGCAAAGCCGCUGAGGCUGGCUGAGAAGAGGGAGCACAAUGAGAAGAAUGGCUGUGUGAAAUUAUUGCAGUUUCUAAAUCCUGAUCCUUUGAGAGCUGAUGGAAUCUCUGAUCUGCAGCAGUUGCAGAAGCUGAAGUCGGGCUCCCGGCAGCCCUUGGUGGUGCUGCGGAACAAGAUCCAGCCCUGCUUAUCCAUUGACACGGCGCCACUCUCUGCAGACCUGAGAAAGGCUCUUCAAAGGAAUAAGUUUCCGGGACCCAGCCACACUGAGUCUUACUCUUGGCCUCCCAUAGCACGUGGCUGUGAUGUGGUGGUCGUUUCUCAUUGUGGAAAUGAUCCUCUGUUGUACCUUCCACCAUUGCUUACAAUUUUGCAAACUGGGGCCUGCUACAAGUCACUACCAAGCAGAAACGGACCUCUGGCAGUCAUCGUAUGCCCCGGCUGGAAAAAGGCCCAGUUUAUUUUUGCAUUACUGGGAGACUACAGCACAUCCUCCAGGCCGCUGCAUCCUAUGUUGCUGACAGUCGGACUCCACAAAGACGAAGCCAAAAAUCUGAAGCUUCCAAGAGGGUGCGAUGUGAUUAUUACUACACCCCACAGCCUCCUGAGGCUUCUCCAGUAUCAAAGCUUGUUAUUCCUUAGACUCUGUCACCUCGUUUUGGAUGAGGUGGAAGUACUGUUCUCUGAAGCCAACGAGCAAAUGUUUGCUAUAUUAGAUAACUUCAAAAAAAAUAUUGACAUUGAAGAAAGGGAAUCUGCUCCACAUCAGAUUGUUGCAGUUGGAGUUCACUGGGAUCGACAUACAGAGCAGUUAAUCAGAGAGUUCAUGAAUGACCCCUACGUCGUGAUCACGGCCAUGGAGGAGGCUGCCCUCUACGGCGAUGUGCAGCAGGUAGUACACCUUUGCCUGGAAUGCGAAAAAACCUCUACUUUGCUCCAAACUCUUGAUUUCAUUCCAAGUCAGGCACAAAAGACCUUGAUCUUCACCUGUUCUGUAGCUGAAACAGAAGUAGUGUGUAAGGUAGUAGAGAGCAGUUCCAUAUUUUGCUUGAAGAUGCAUAAAGAAAUGGCUUUUAAUUUUAAAAGUGUUUUAGAACAGUGGAAGAAGAAGUUAAGUUAUGGCUCUCACAUUGUUUUAGCCUUAACAGAUGACUGUGUACCACUUCUGGCCAUCACUGAUGCCACCUGUGUGAUCCACUUCAGCUUUCCUUCCUCGCCCAGAAUUUUUGGUGGACGCCUGUAUUGCAUGUCCGAUCAUUUUCAGAGUUUAACGGAACAGGGUUCUCCUGCAGAACAGGGAGAUAAAAAAACCAAAUCUGUCUUGCUGCUGACGGAGAGAAACGCAUGCCACGCAGUUGGUGUCCUGCACUACUUGGAGCGAGCAGAUGCCAAGAUCCCUUCAGAGCUGUAUGAGUUUACUGCGGGGAUUCUGGAAGCCAAAGAAGAUAAAAAAGCCAGAAGGCCUCUUUGUCCGUAUCUUAAGGCUUUUGGUUUUUGCAAGAACGAAAGGAUCUGUCCUGAUCGACACCAUGUUAAUCCCGAAGUAGACAUGCCGAGGAGAUUAUCCAACCAAGCUCUUCCAAUGUUAGGAUACAUAAAAAUAAUACCCUUUUAUAUUUUGAAUGCAACGAAUUACUUUGGUCGUAUAGUUGGUAAGCAUGUGGAUCUUUAUGCAACUCUUAAUGCUGAAAUGAAGGAGUAUUUUGAGGAUUCCACUGAUAAAACAACUGUUGAAAAGGUGGAGAAAUUUGGAUUAUAUGGAUUAGCAGAAAAAACAGUUUUUCACAGGGUUCAGGUGCUGGAGGUGAGCCAAAAAGAAGACACAUGGGCCCCGGAUAACGUUCUGGUGAAGUUUAUAGAUGAAGGCAGGACUGGACUGGUCACAGGAGACCAGCUGCUGCAGCUCCCGGAACGCUUCCACACUCUGCCCCCGCAGGCUGUGGAGUUUAUUGUUUGUAGAGUGAAACCCGCUGACAAUGAAAUUGAAUGGAAUCCAAAGGUUACUAGGUACAUUCAUCAUAAAAUUACUGGAAAACUGCACGAUGCAAAAGUGAUGUUGGCCUUAGGAAAUACAGUUUGGGUUGAUCCAAUGGUGCACAUUACAAAACUUUCAAACUUGAAAACUUCUGUCAUUGAUUACAACAUCCGGGCUGAAAUUUUGUCAACGGGAAUGGGCAUUGAUAACUCAGAGCACAUAGAACAACUGAAAAAAUUAUGCAAAGGAGCUAACAUGCCAGCUUUCGAAGACGGCCCAAGGCAGACCCUGAUGCCUUCUUCAGCAGAAGAUGGUGCUUGUCUGCAGAGCACGCGGCAGGAGGACACGGGCUCAGAGAGAGGCGCUGACUCCGAGACAAACUCAGAAAAUGAAAAGCAUGAAACUUCAUCUGAAAACACUGGAGAUGCUUCCAUUAACAAAACCACAGCGCCUCUGAAAAGCUUCCACCCACAGAUAAAGUGGUUCCAAAAGGAGGACGCGGUCAUACUGAAGAUAAAAAUAAGGAAUGUAAAAGAUUACAAAUGUAAAUAUUUUAGAGACAGAGUUGUUUUCAGUGCCUGGGUGGGAGAGAAAUUUUACCUGGCUGAUAUGGAGCUGCAGGCCAACAUCAUAAAAGAUGACUGCAAAUGCGUCAUCGAGCAUGAUGAACCCGUCAUCACUCUUGCCAAAGAGAGGAGGGAACCCUGGCGUGGCCUGCUCAGACAGCGGAACCCCAAUGUGGCUUUUGACUUUGACCACUGGGAAGACUGUGAAGAGGAUAAGGAUAGCCACUUCUCCAAGGUUGUAAAUUCUAAAAACCUGCCCCGCAAAGCGGCACAGUUGAUUGACACCAGUGACGAGUCUUCGGAGGAAGACGAGAGUGAGAGUGAAUGAGAUGUGAAUGAAGACCUGCGGGGCGGCCAGGGGCCUCCGAACAGAAUCGAACACGUGACUGAAAGCUAAGAAAACAGGCAGUCAUGUUCACAAUUUUUUCAUCUCAAGGGUAAAUAAUGGCAAAAAAAAUUCUUAACUGAUUUGCACGUGGGCUGACGAGGAGACUGUGGAGGGAAGGUGGAAGCAGACACGCGGUGCAAGACUGGCAGCCGCGCUCGCACCGCCUCUCCCGCGAAGCCCUCCUCGGCAUAUUCAAGCGGAGGGACGGCACGCCGUGUACGUGGGCAACGAGUUGUUCCAUCUGGAGUCAGUUUGUUUCAUUUUUUUCAUUGAGACCUGUGUGUGGUGCAUUCCCUAAAACCUGGUCCUGUGCAUGUAAGUGGAGGUUUCUGUCUUACAGGUCAUACCCUGCACUGCUUAACAGACCUUUUCAACCGCGGCUUGGUUAGUUGGGUUUCCACGUAACUGUCUGUGUGCUAGUACACCUGAUAAUCUCUAGAUACUGACACUUACCCAGGGUAGGUUCACUUCUCGUGACAAGGCGGUCCAAGGAUGAGACGGGGGGGUGGCCUCAGCAAAACCAGCCCCACCCCGGGCACCUGGGGGAAAAGCCGGUGCUUCUGAGGAAGCCUGGCACCUGCAGCGUCCUGGGCAGACUGAGAGGCCGUGCGGGGUGCCUGGAGGUAACCCUCAGAACACCGGUGUGUGGUGAGCCCCGCAGACACUCAACGGCCCCAUCCUGGGGUGAGGCUGCGGCGCCCAGGGGCACCAGGUUUAUCAAGAGGCAUGUGUGUUGUCAGCACCGCCUCCCGUGAACUGAAGAGGCCAGGAGAGCUGCUGGGAUACGGACGCCCCAGCACUGCGUCCGUGGGCCCGGCAGCCGUGCCCAGAAGUGGGAGAACGUCAAUAGGACGUGACUGCUGUGACUGUCCCCAAGAUCUGUAGUCAUUUUAUACAUCAGAAGGCACAGGUGCCCACGUUUGUGUCUGUCUCGGGUGUAAACCACCACCUGAGCGAGAGGUGAAUGCUGUCAUCAAGCUGUCGUGUCCUGUGAGCAGGUGUGGGUCACCCUCUGGCUCUCAGUUUCCUCAUCUGUAAAAUAAGAUACUCUGCUACUUGUGGGGUCUUGCCUGGCCUCUGGGGGGCCCCCAGGGCACUGCGGGGCAGGUCAGGCCACUGUCCUCUGGUGGGAUGAUGCAGCGUCCAGCCUGGACCACUGCCGGGAGUGCAUCCUUGCUGCCCUGGGACUCCCGCGAGUGGACUGGCAGGUGUCCGACUGGCACGUGAGGUGGACGGGGAGUGACUCACCUUCCUCUUGGCUAAACUGGGCAGGCUCUUGGGAAGCGCGAAGUUCUGGUGUCUUUUGCUGGCAAAGGUUCUGACUCUGCGAAGCUCUUUUGACAUCCUCGUCACGGGUCCGUUUCUGUAGACACAGCUUUGCUCCCGCUGGGGAGGCCUUUGGGUUGGCGACUAGGCCUCCUGAGCUGCACUGGCUUCCCCUGAGGCUGUUGGCCACCUGCAGUGUGUGCUGGGUUGUGUUGUCUCCUUCGUAAGCCGGAGCAAAUGAUAGUAGCGGGUAACAGAGCUGCACAAGUGUGUGUUUCCCAUGUUAAGUUGGGGGGGGGGUCCCCGCUCUCAGAGAUGUAAUGCUGAUUCUCGUGCGGUUCACUGACAGCUGAAUGAAAGUAUUGGGCAGAGGAGGGCCACACAUUUAAAUCUCAAUUUCUUUUUUCCAGACAUUAAAAUUUACUGCAAUUUGAGGUUCUGAAUAACAUUUUGUAGGACAUAGGACACUGACUUGUGAGAUGUAAACAAUUACUAAUUGUCUUUUGUUCCCUACUAUUAAUAUGUACUGAUUCCAUGUUUUGGGAAAACUUCUGAAAUGCAGGAUAAAAGUACUUUUGUCUCUAUGCUUCUAAAAUUGCUCACAUACUUAAUUGUGGUGUGAAUGUCUUUGCAGCAUAUCAAUAAAAUUCCACUGUUCGCACAGAAAUGUUACUUUUCCAUUUUUUUUAGACAGUAUUUUCCCUGAGUGCCAAAUG